AAGGAGAUAACGCACGAACUACCGUCACCAUUCUCCAUUCUCUUCCUCAAUCCAAAACCCCACGAAAACCAUUCUCACAAAUGGCGACGCCGCCGCCGGAGCCGCUCUCGCCGGAGAAACAGGGGGACGAGGAGGCGCGUGGGCUUCUCUACGAGGCGUACAACGAGCUGCAGCGCCUGGCAGCCGAGCUGGGUGGUGCGGCGGUGCCGGCGCCGGCGAUUGUGGUGGUCGGCCACCAGACGGACGGGAAGAGCGCGCUGGUCGAGGCGCUGAUGGGGUUCCAGUUCAACCACGUCGGCGGCGGAACCAAGACGCGCCGACCAAUCGCGCUCCAUCUCCGCUUCAACCCGAGCUGCCACUCCCCCAACUGCCGACUCCUCGCCGGCUCGGGCGAGGGGGAUGCUGAGGACGACGCCGGGGCCGCUGACCGCGCAAUGCCACUCGCCGACAUCCAGGCAUAUAUCGAAGCUGAAAACAAGAGGCUGGAGAAUGAUCCAUCCCAGUUUUCAGCGAAGGAAAUUAUAAUAAGGAUAGAAUACAAGCAUUGCCCCAAUCUCACCAUUAUUGACACUCCAGGCCUCAUUCUUGCAGCUCCUGGCCGUAAAAACCGAGUUCUGCAGAGUCAGGCUUCUGCUGUUGAGGCCCUUGUUCGUGCGAAAAUUCAGCAUAAAGAAACCAUAAUUCUGUGCCUUGAAGAUUGUAGUGAUUGGAGCAAUGCAACUACAAGGAGAGUGGUGAUGCAGGUUGAUCCUGAUCUUGCAAGGACUGUUCUAGUCUCCACAAAACUUGACACGAAAAUUCCGCAAUUCGCACGGGCCUCUGAUGUUGAAGUGUUUCUUCACCCACCAACUUGUGUUCUAGAUGGUUCCUUAUUGGGAGAUUCCCCCUUUUUCACAUCAGUGCCUUCUGGGAGAGUUGGUUCUUGCCAUGAAGCUGUCUUCAGAUCAAAUGAAGACUUUAAAAAGGCGAUAUCACUUAGAGAGUUGGACGAUGUUACAUCUCUUGAAGACAAGCUAGGAAGGUCACUUACAAGGGAGGAGAAGAAUAGUAUGGGAGUGAGUAACUUGAGAUUAUUUUUGGAAGAAUUGCUGCAGAACAGGUACAUCGAGAGUGUUCCAUCAAUUAUUCCACUUCUUGAGAAGGAAAAUCGCGCUGCAUCGAGGAAGUUACGCAAAGUCACACAAGAAUUCAGUGAUUUGAACGAAGCAAAACUGAAGGAGAAAGCUCGCCUGUUCCAUGAUUCAUUUUUGACGAAGUUAUCCUUGCUACUGAAAGGCAUGGUGGUGGCUCCUCCUGAUAAGUUUGGAGAAACUUUAAUUAAUGAGAGGGUCAAUGGAGGAACAUUUACGGGAAGUGAGAAUUUCCAGAUCCCGAACAAGAUGAUGCCUAAUGCUGGAAUGCGUCUUUAUGGUGGUGCACAAUACCAUCGGGCAAUGGCUGAAUUUCGUCUGGUAGUUGGAAGUAUCAAGUGCCCUCCGAUUACUAGGGAGGAAAUAGUCAACGCCUGUGGUGUUGAAGAUAUUCAUGAUGGGACGAAUUACUCCAGGACUGCUUGUGUAAUUGCUGUGGCAAAGGCACGGGACACAUUUGAGCCUUUCCUUCAUCAGUUGAGUUUUAGGCUGUUGUACAUACUGAAGAGACUGAGUCCGAUCUCUGUUUUUCUGCUGGAGAAAGACGCUGAGCACUUUAGUAGCCAUGAUGUACUUGUGAAGCGUGUCCAAGCUGCUUUCGACAAGUUUGCUGAAUCCACUGAGCAAUCAUGCCGUGAAAGAUGUAUGGAAGAUUUAGAGAGCACCACCCGUUAUGUUACUUGGUCCCUCCAUAACAAGAACCGUGCCGGAUUGCGUCACUUCCUUGAUUCAUUUGUUGCACCGGAGCAAUACGCACAUACUGCGCACUCAUCUGGGCCGCAUGAGCAAUCCUCUGGGUUGAAUGACAAUAAGCAGGAUAGGCCAAAGGGAGACCUGAGAUCUAUUCAUCCUUCAGAUUCAAAUCCAUCCAGUGUCGCGCCAGAAACUAGACUGGUCGAUCUAUUGGACAGCACGCUCUGGAACAGAAGGCUGGCGCCCUCAUCCGAGCGACUUGUGUAUGCGCUGGUUCACCAGAUUUUCCAUGGGAUCAAAGAGCAUUUUCUUGUCACUACAGAACUAAAGUUCAAUUGCUUCCUCCUCAUGCCAAUUGUUGACAAAUUGGCGGCGCUUCUACGAGAAGACCUUGAAUCAGCUUUCGAGGACGACCUUGAUGGCAUCUUCAAUGUCGCCCAGCUGCGCCACUCACUUGGGCAGACGAAGCGGGAGCUGGAAGUCGAACUGAAGCGGAUCAAGCGUUUAAAAGAGAAGUUCGGAGAAAUAAAUAUGAAGCUCAAUUCUCUCCAGGUUAGAUAGUAGGCCUAGAUAGGGAUGAGUCUUUAGUGCAAGUAAGUAUUUGUAUGUAGAAAUAAACUAAUGGCCCACCUUGUGUGACUUCCUGUUGGUUCCUUUUUUCAUGAGUAAAUAUGAAUCAUUUCCUUGGUACGCUCUA